AUGGAGAAGACCGCACCCUCCGCGGAGGACGCCUACCACGAGGUCGCCGUCGCUGCCGCCUCCGCCUCCACGGAGGCCGCCUACCAGGAGGUCACCGUCGACGCCGCCUCCGCCUCGGCCUCCGCGGAGGCCGCCUACCUGGAGGUCGCCGUCUCCUCCGUCCAAGCGGUUGCCGCCUCCUCCCUCCAUGAGAUCACCAUCUCCUGCGUCCAGCAGGAGGUUCUCCACGUGGUCCAGCCCUAG